AUGUGCGAAAAUAAAUUUAAUGCCGUAUUUAGGCGUGAGCACCAUUGCAGAAGUUGUGGAUAUAUUUUUUGUUAAGACUAAAUAGACUUAAUCAUGAUGUUGUUCAAACCACCUUGUUGAUGGCCUUCUAAAGAAGGUGAGAAAAAAAUUCGAUUUUGCAGGCGUUGUUAUGAUAAAAUUAGUUAAUUGAUAGCUGACAAAUAAUUCUUUAUAGAUAAUGAGGACUCUACUUUGAAGAUGACCCUAUAAAAAGAAGGAAAUUCCCAUUUGAGAAAUACUUCAAAAUACUUUGAAAGUGUAACCACAUUUACAUUUACAUUUACAUCAUCAAAAAGCAUUAUUGCAAAACAAAAUGAAGUUGAAUAAAUUUAGGAAGAGGAUGACACGCUCUUAGAAAUAAAUUAAUAGAGGGAAGAUAAAUCUGAAUUUUUUGAAAAGAUUAAUUACCAAUUUAUAAGAAAAGAGUGGUUAUUAAUUAGAAAAAACAUGCUAUAUAUUGUUCUUAAACCAAAUAAAACUUAUGAAAAAGUUAUUGAAUUUUGA